AUGGGCCCUGGUAACAGUGCUCAAAAGGUUGAGCUACAGGAGCUGCCCAUGCCGCCAUCCGAUGCUCGUCUUUCUUCGAAGUUUGCCAGAGAAGAAGCAGCAAUUCCUCCAUCCGGGGAAGCGCACGAUGGGUUCAGCCAGUUACUACGACCUCAGAGCAACGGUACAAAUUGUCGGCCCCCGGAAGAUGCCAUCGAGAUAUUGCAGAAGUGGAAUUUUCCGCACUCUAACACAGCUCGAAUUUCGGCUAUCUUCUGGAGUCUCAUGGUAAUGGGUGCCAAUGAUGCUUCGUAUGGUGCCAUCAUCCCUCACUUGGGGAAGCAUUAUGAUCUGCCUUACUCUUUUACCUCAUUAAUAUUCCUUGCGCCUUUUAUCGGCCAUACACUCUCAGCAGCUCUGAACACCAGUCUCCAUGAAAGUGUUGGACAGAGAGGCAUCGCCAUCAUUGGAUCCGGCUGCCAUCUUGCUGCAUUCGUUGCCAUAUCUUUUCAUCCUCCUUACCCAGCGCUCGUUUUCAUAUACAUGUUGGCUGGUUUGGGUAACGGAAUAGGCGAUGCAGCGUGGAAUUCUUGGGUAGCCAGUAACUUGGCCGACUCUAACGUCAUCAUCAACAUUAUGCACGCCUGCUACGGCCUCGGUGCUAUCCUAGGCCCCGUAACAGCGACUGUGAUGGUUACAAAAUCGGAAUUUCCCUGGUUCUUUUUCUAUUUCUUCAUGGCCGGCCUAGCCGGUGUUGAACUCAUCGCGACUACCACCACGUUCUGGUCCGCGGCGGGCAGAGCCUACCGAGAGGCCAACCCAAAAGGCCCAGAACCAAGAGAGUCCAUCGUUCACGAAACCCUCUUCAAGCUGCCUUCAGCAAGAGUAACAUGGCUCUGUGCUAUUUUUGCGCUUGGCUAUGUUGGUCUUGAGGUUUCUUUGGGUGGCUGGAUUGUCACUUUCAUGUUACAGGUUAGACAUGGCGAAGAGUUCGCCAGUGGCAUGACAGCCACGGGGUUCUGGGCUGGGUUGGCCGCAGGUCGCAUCGCCUUGGGCUUCGUAACUCCACGAGUCGGGGAGCGAUUUGCUGUUAUGGCCUACCUCGGGGCUGCUGUCUGUCUCCAACUUCUGUUCUGGUUGAUACCUCAGUUCUUCAUUUCAGCCAUCACUGUCUCGCUCCAGGGAUUCUUCCUUGGUCCCCUCUUCCCCGCAAUCAUGGUAGCCGUCACAAAGCUCUUGCCAAGGCAUCUACACGUCAGUGCCAUUGGGUCCUCCAUCACGAGUAUGGCCGCCCUCCCGGUCUUCAGCACAUCCGCGCCCACUGUCCAGUUGAGUGAAAUACUCGACUCCUCGCUCGACGCCAAACUAGGGCGCGAACUCUGCAGAACGCCAGCGAACUUGACGCGCGUGGUGUACAUUCCGAGGCACCGUGAUAAUACCGUCCAUCUGCCUCUUUACGACGUUUCCCAGACGUACUUCGAUGCGGUCAAGAAAGAGCCAAUCGGCGGCAGCAAGUACAAGCUGAACUUGGCCACGAUGAAAAGACCUAGUGGGGACGGGACGGAUUUCGAGGUUCGCUAUCUUGUCGACUUUCAGAGAGGUUCUGGAUCAACGGAUGUCUUGGUUCAGAGGAGGCUACCUGGUCGCAAUGGAGAAAUGGUCAGCUUGACUCUUCCUCGCGAAGGAGAUGGGAGCUUCCAAGUCACGCCCUUGAAUACAGGCUCGACAUCGCGACUGUCCCUUUCAACCUCAUUCCCCAUCGCCGACACGAAGUUAGUUGAUCGGCCUGUGAAGCAUCCUUGGUUCACAGUCUCUCACCAAACCGAUGACUCAACCGAGGCAGAGCCAUCAGGCCUCGAAUGGCAGACUCGCCCGAUCGAACACGGUUCACUCCGGUACACUCUUGUAGACUCCGGGGCCGAUCCUGCAACAGCAGAGCCGGUGGUCCACGGCAUCUACCACCAUGCUGGGAUUGCCUUCGGUCUUCCCUACGACUACAGCGAAGGCGUUCUUCUCUUGUCGGAGGAUCUGAAUGGUGAAGCCGAGACCUUGGCCGUUGCCACGCUUCUGGGUCUUCUUCAGCAGGUUCGACAUAUCAACCAGCCUGCACCACGACCGAAGAAGAAGUCGUUGAUCAAAAGGGUGCUUGGCAAGAUUUAA